CUUUCCCUGUUCUCUCUCUGUUCUCUGUUCUCUCUCUCCUCCUAGCAUCCACCAAAACAUCAUUGAUGCUACCAAUCCUUCCCCAUCCGAAGCCCACUCCUCCACAGAAACCUACUUCCAUUCCCAUCUGAAGCCCUCUCCUCCGACGCCCACCGCCUCUUCGUCCUCUUCUCUGCCCUGCGCCGUCGCAAAACCCCCCAACCCCCCCCAUCUCCGGCGCCUCCACUGGCUCGGGUACUUCAUCGAUCUCAGCCUCGGUACCCCUUCCCAGCGUCUUCUCCUCGUGGCCGACACCCGCAGCAACCUCAUCUGAGUCACCUGCUCCGCUUGCCGCAGCCACUGCGACAACUACUCAUUAGGAUCGCCUUUCCUCUCCCACCGCUCCACCACAUUCUCUCCCACCACUACUCAUUCGUACCCACAAAACCACCAAAUACCUUUUAAUUUAGACACCCAAACACCAGGUGGUGUUUGGAUUCGUUUUUAGGACAAUCGCCGCUGUCCAUAGUGAUUCUGGAUUUGCCACUCGGAAAUUUGAAGAGUCGGGAACAGGUGAGUGUACGAACGAGACUUUGCGUGGUGCGGGAAAAGCUGAUCUGCAUCGCCGGUGGUGGCGUCGUUCAGUAAUUGGAUUCGAAGAUAGGGUAUGUCAUGUGACCAUCACAUGAUGACUUUAACAGUAAGAUCCAACCGAAACAAGAGCAAAGACAUUGGUUGUUUCAGCUUCAUGUGCACUUUACUGAGUGACUGAGCCAUUUGAUGAGAGAUGAGCUCCAUUCAGUUCACUGCCUGCCUGCCCACUUUCAAUGUCACAAAUUUACCUAUACCACGUAUUGCCCCAGCACGUGUCUCUCCACUUUGUAGAACUUCCUUGAGAUUCACUACUUGUCCAUCGACAUGCCAGUUUCCAAGACUGAGCAACAUGUCCCUGAAACUGACCACAAGUGCAUCGUCGUACCAGCGCCAUACACCUGUUUGUUUAUAUGGUGGAAAAGAAAAGUCAGAGAAGGGGAAUGAGGCUUCUCCAUGGAAAGCUCUUGAGAAAGUCAUGGGAAGUUUCAAGAAGGAACCUUCAUCAGUAGAGGAUUUAUUACGACAGCAAAUAGAAAAACAAGAAUACUUUGAUGAUGGAGGCAGUGGUGGAAGUGGUUCAGGUGGUGGUGGUGGUUUUGGUGGAUCGGAGGAUGAAGGUGCUGAUGGGAUAUGGAAUGAGGUAUUGCAGGUUAUAUUGGCAACCGUUGGCUUUAUAUUUCUGUACAUCUUAAUCAUUGACGGUGAGGAUAUAAUCCGGAUAUCAUUGGACUUCAUCAAGUUUAUAUUUGGAGGAAAGAAGAGCAUUCGUUUGAGCCGCUUAAUGUCCCAGUGGGGGAUGUAUUACCAGAAUCUGACAAGAAAGAGGCAAGUGCAGAAGGAUUGGCUAGAACGAGAAAUUGUCAAUACUCCUACGUGGUUCGACAGCCCCAAAAAAUAUAAGCGCUACUUCAAGUCUUUGGCAGACUCCGAUUCUGAUUAGUGAUCAGGGAUCUGUAAUCAUUGUUUCUCCUUUCUUAUCUCAUAUUUUCUUUGGCUGUUAUACUUUUCCUAGUUGUUGGAAUGUUUGAAGACACCAAAUUUAGUUUUAAUCAUUGCUAUAGAGCCUUUGGCGGCUAUUCUACUGUUUCUGGUUGUUGGAAUGUUUGAAGAUCAUUGCUGUUUAUAAGGGUUUGGUUGAGUAUUUUCCGUUAUAA